AUGGAGAACGGCUUCGAUCCGAGAUUAGUGACGGCAACAGCCGGCCAGGGACAGGCGGAGGUUUCCACUCCAGUGGAGGAGCCCACAACAACACGAGCUCGCGACAACGCUGACAGCCCUCGAGAUUCCGAGGAAGUACUAUAUCCUUCAACGAAUGGGCAAGUUGUGGACUGCGGUCCUGGUUCAAGCAUCAGGUCGCGGGAUGGGGGAGUCCAAGCAUUGGGUCUCGCAGGAUCUGCUGGCUCUAGUCUAUUCGGUGCAAAAAAUCAUUCGCACCAGCCUUACUCUCAUUUCAAUUCCUCCAAUUCCCAACAAAAUAGGCCGGAUGAACGGUUGCAACCACCAUCCGUUGGACAGCCGGAAACACCCUGGGAAGUUCCACCUACAACUGCACAAUAUCUCUCAGUCGGAAUGAAUCUAGAUCCCGAAGCAGAGUCUGUUUGGUAUCUGCUCAAGUCUCAGGCGAGUUCCAUGUGCGACAAAAUCAUCACUGGCCUGAUAGUAAAAGGACUGAAGGAACGUCUGGGAUCCAAAGCAUAUCUGGCAUCGAUUACGAACACAUUUGUUAAUGGCUCACAGCUUCCUCAUAGCGGGACGGGGGCCCCAUACUACGGUUUUGGACCUGGGGGAUACUAG